UCUAGGUUAUUAUACCCCUCCCCACAGACACGCUGCCAGAGUGAUAAAGGUGGUGGAUGGGGGAGAGAAGUCCCAUACAAUAGGACGAGAAGAGAGGAUAUUUAAAGCAUCAGAGGAGCAGACUGGUCACCCUCCCUCCUCCUCCUCCUCCUCCUCCUCCUCCUCUACCUCCAUCACAGUCUGUAAUAUGACAAUAAGUUGUUAUUGCAUACUUGGCAUAUAACACUGCCUUGCAGCUUCUUUCUGGGAUUCCUAUGGAUAUCCACCUGCAGGAAAUGAGCCCGUGAUCAUAUAAAAUGGAGGACUGUCUUCACACUUCUUCAGAAAAUCUCUCUAAGUUAGUGAGUUGGGCCCACAGUCAUGGAACCAUAUGUAGCCUUAUUCCUAACCUGAAGCACUUGCUUUCUGAAGGUUCUCAUGGCACCCUGACGGCAAUGUGGGGCUGUAGUGCUGGCCAUGCUUAUCACUGGCCUUUGACUACUACUUGUCGUGCUGGACCACAGGAGAGAGUUUGUUUCCAGGACAAUAGAAGUUUCAACUCUGACAGCCCCAGCAUACUUGGCAUACCAUCAGAGACUCAAACCAGUCCCUUGGAAAGAUAUCCAGGGAGACCUGGCAAAUCAAAAUUAGACUGCAAUAGAACAAGGGAUUCUUGUGAUUUUUCCUACUGUAGUGAGCCAUCAGAGAUUGAUGAACCAGUAGAGGAGUAUGAAGAUGAAGCCACAUUAUUUGACAUGGUGUGUGAGUCAUCUGUGACUGAUGAAGACAGUGAUUUUGAGCACACAGCCCAGCAAUCAUCAAGUGCUUCUCGAAAAAGGCUAAACUCUUCUCUUUCGGGAUCCCAGACUCAUAUUGCAGAUGAGGAUAGCAGUGAUUUAAUUGUAAAAAAAAUCAAACAGGAAAAUCCAGAAGACUAUUACAUUGUUGCGAAUGCUGAACUCAAAGGGGGUGCUGACGGCCCCACAAUAUCUCUCACACAGAUGUCAAAGCCGAAGAACCAGACACUUUCAUCAUCUCCCUUUGUAGGUCCAUCAAAAACAUCCAGUAUAGUACCUCCAUCCAUAAACACUGAUUUGGACAUACAAGCUAUUACACCUUCUCCACUGGUUCUGCCUAGGCCGCCUCUACAGAAACCACCCCAGAGACCAACACUGACAUCACAAAACAAAACCGUACCUAAUGCUUCCUUAGUCAACCAACAAGUAGCACUUCAAAUGCCUGUCAGCACAUCCACAGGAAAUCCUAAUCAGCCCAUUAGCAUUCCUUUAUCAGCACUUCAAUUGCCAGGAAAGGAAAAGAAGGAGGUCUCAGAAGAGCUUCUUCCCCCUGUGUUAAAGCCAAUAUUGCCCAAUGAAGUAGCACUUUCCCCUUCAAUUAGUGCUGAACCUGAAGUAAGCUCAAGUCAGCAGCAGUCAAAUAACAUCCCAACUAUCAACUGUGAGACAACACCACAAUCAAUACCAGAUGAGGAUGAAGUUUUGGGGGAGCUGAAUAGAGAGCAGAAUGAGAAGACCAUUAGAAGCACACAAACAGCUCUACGCAACUUCGCAUAUUCCACCAAGCUCAGCAGAUUUCCCAUGUUUCAUUUUCAAGAUGAUCUGAAGGACUUGUGUAUUAGUGCAGUCAGCUCAAAUACUACCAAGGCUACCUUAUAUGCUCUAAAUGUGUGGAGGUACUGGUGCAUGACAAAGGGACUGAAAGACUGCAUGGACUUCACUAAGGUCCCUGCUGUUAAGCUGAAUGAACUUUUGGAGGACUUUUAUGUGACUGUAAAGAAAACUGACGGCUCUGACUUUCUGGCAACAUCGCUCCAUGCAAUACGCAGGGGAUUGGACCGUAUCCUGAAAAAUGCCGGAGCUGGGUUCUCCAUCACAAGCAGCGUCUUCAAUUCCUCUUCUCAAAAACUGAAAGAAAAGCUGAGGAUGCUAAACAAAGCUGGCAUGUCAGGGUCCCGCUCACGCAACAUUGUCUACUUCACUCUGGCAGAUGAGGAGGAAAUGUGGCGAACUGGGUGUCUAGGGGACGAUGGGCCCAUAGCUUUGCUGUCUUCAGUAGUUAAAUACAAUAGUCAAUUCUUAAAUAUGAGGACAUUACAAGAACAUGCAGACCUGAUGUAUGGUGAUAUUGAAUUGCUCAAGGAUGCAAACAAUAGACCUUUUUUUGUAAGAACAGAUAGUGUGAAACGGGACAAGCAGGCUAAUCCCAACAAGAUGUGCUACGGACAGAUUUACCAUGAACAUUCAAAAGGCCCCAGGAGAUGUCCAUACUGUCUUUUAUACAAGUAUAUGUACACCUACCGGCCCCCAACCCAGUUAGAGGGGCAUUCCCCUUUUUACCUGACUGCUCGGAAAGAAGUCACUGCCAAUGAAAAGAUCUGGUAUGAGGAGCAGAGAAUGGGCCUUCGAUCUCUGCGUGGUGUUGUUCCAAAACUGGCAAAGCGAGUGAAGCUUGACCAGUGUGACAAUUACACCUUUGUCUCAUUUACUCAGACAUUAAAAAAGUUUGGCCCACUCCAGGGCUAUUAAUAAAGAUAACUCCAAAAUAUGAUUAACAAGUUACUUACCUGCACACUCAACCUAAUAUGAGGGAACACAGGACAGAACAUAUGGCGUCACAUGAUGCAGUUAUUCUUUUAUGGGCAGUUUAAUAAUACGAACAGUUGUCUGAUAGUGCCUUUUGGGAUCCUUUAUUAAAAGUAAAACAAUAAAUAGACAAAACAGUGUCACUAAUAACCAAAUAUUUGUUCCUGGGGGUAUGUUAGUAUUUUCUAGCCUGAAUUAAAGCACACACAAGCUGAUUCCCUGGCUGGCCAUGUUGUAUAAAACUGCAAAUGGCCUUUUGGUUGAGAUCAUUUUCAAGAGAUGGAUGGAUGACAUGGAAACUUGGAUGUAAUUUAAUAAAAAGUGCAAUGUUGUGGCCAGAUAUUGUUACAGUUUAUUAGUUUUUCAAAGAGCACACCACUAAGUGCUACCUGCUUAUUGGUUGUGUGCAUUACUUAAACUGGACCUGUCAUCCACACAUAAAAAGCUGUAUAAUGAAAUUCCUUUGCAAAUUAAAUGUGAAACUCAAAUGAUUUUUUUCAUUAAGACAUCCAUACCUGUUACGAAGCUGUUAAAAUAUAUGAGCUGCCAGUCAUAUAUUGUCUGCCCCGCCUCCAUGGCUUUGUCAUAGAGGCGGAGCUGUCAAUUAAUUACUUUCACUUUCCGUUCAGUACUUCCUAGAUGUCAUUGCACUACUCACCUUCCAGCUUCCCUCAUGCUCUAUAAUUGUGUAGGGCACUGUAUAUGGGCAGUAGGUCCCCCAUUCUGGCUUAUACAUAAGAUUAUGUGAUGAUACAAAGCCUACCUUAAGUGUCAUCAAAAUGGCGCCUGCCUGCUUGCUGUAAUUGUGUAAUUCCAAGAAUGAAGGAAACAAUAUUUCAAUCAUAACUAUAGUGUAAGUAAAUGUAAUUUUGCUCAACUAACAUGAUAGAAAAGGAUUUGGAAUUUUAUUUUAGGGUGACGGGUCCCCUUUAAGUGUAGCAAUCUUUGCCCCUUUUACAUUGUUCUUUUGUCAUUACAGCAUAUCUGGCAGUAUAACCGAAACCACAUUCCUUAAAUGGAAAAGAUGUUAACAAUUACAGAUAUCUGUGAAAAUAUCUGCAGGCUGGGGAAGAAAUUUAACAUGGACAUGUUUUUAAUUUAUUAAAUAGUACUGAACUAAAAAUAGUACUAAAGGAAAAAACUUUUAGACCCAGGCCAGGUGAUCAAGUCUCUACAAAUUUUUACUUAGAGAUAUUUGUUGCUUAGUGAAAUAACUAGCUUUCAGCAGAGCCUGCACCCACAGGAGGCCCAGUGGAGAGGGGUCCUGGUAAAGACCCAGAUCCUUUCCAUACCCUGUCUCCUGCCUGCACCCACUCUGUUUGAGUGUGGUGGGCAACCUGAAAUUUUUUUUUUGCUUAGGGACCUUGGAUAUUUUGGUUACACCACUGCUAUUGCUGGUGAACCUAUGAGCUUCUGGAGGAGACUGUGCAGACCACAGAAUGUCAACAAUAGUAAGUAAAACCACCAAAGUGGAACCUAUCAGAAUGACUGGUACAACAGCUUGACCAAACACAUUCACAUCAGUCUCUCGUGACCUAGUUUGUUAACGUGAUAACGGCAGUCAUACAUGUACUGUAUUUCUAUAAAUAUCUUUUGGAACUGAAUAUCUUUGCUACAGCAUUUUUAACAGACAACAAAAGAAAGGCCAUUGGGUUUCUUUUAUAGGCGUACAAUUGACAAAUGCAUCAUUAGAGGCUUCCCGCCAUUAGUCCCCACAGUCCCCCUUUCAGGACUUUGGUUCCUGUGGAAAAGUGUCCCCAUAAAUGGAACUUUCUGGCCGUGACCUUCAGCGGGUGUGGUCAAAAGGUGGAUGGUCUCCUGAUGCUUGAGAUGUGUCACUCUGCUGCUCAGCACAAUUUAUAGGAUUUGCAUCCCAUUCUUUCCACCAUUGCAUAAGGCUUGUACUAACUAAGGCCUUAACUUUAUAUUUUCUUCUAAUAAUGAAACUAAAAUCAUGAACCUGAUCUGUUGUUGUCAAGAAAUAAAUAUCAUAUAUAUACAUGAAUAUAGCACAAAUAUAUGUUGUAGGUACUGAAUACUGUGUCAUCUUUGCCUGAACUGCAUUCAAUUAAAUUUCAGCAUUGAGAAGAUGCUGUACAAAAUAACCUAGUUAAAGGAACGGUAACAGCAAAAAUUUUAAGUGUUUUUAAGUAAUUAUAAUAAAAUGUAUUGUUGCCCUGCACUG